AUGAGAUUCGAACCUGCGACCUUUCAACACUUAGCGAGGAGAACCGAUGGCCGCUGGGGCGGAAAGGUUCUAGAAUGGCGACCACGUGUCGGACGACGCUCAGUGGCUGGGCCCGCUACAAGGAGUUCAGAGCACCACGACACGUGGAGGCGCGCGUGCGGCUGCGUGCGCACGAGUGAGAAGUUGAAGCAGAUGCUGAAGGUGUUUCCCGAUCCACCACCGCCGACGCCGAUACCCGUGCUCACCGCCUGCGCACCUAUUCCGCAACGAGGGUCCAUACCACACACUGAGGAACAAUUGUCUCAUAAAACCGACCGGGAACUGGUGCCGUGCUUCAGCCAGGUGCCAACAGUGAUCGUCAGCGAUCUCUCGCAGUACAAGGCAAACAAUAUUCUAACCCAACAACUUAGCGCCGUCGGCGCUAAGGAAGUUAAGGAGGAACAAUUUAGAAAACAAUACAGCAAGACGUGGGAGCUGGCGACGGAGCUGAUCUCUUUACUACAGCUAUCUGUGACAGCGACGGCACUUGCGGUCUACUACCUCAUCUACUGCUACAUGCAACUCAUCUACUACGCGCUAAGGUCCGCCGUCUACUUCCACCACGCUGACGGCCCCAUGAAACUGACAAUCGCCAUAGUGACCGUAACAUCGCUUAUAAUCGGGUUCCAUAUUUUGCUACGGAUGGAGAAAAUCCUCGGCCUGAGCUAGACCCGCGGGACACACUUGCAAAAACUUGCGUGCGAAAGGAAUAAAACCUCUUUGGAAAUUCAUGAACAAUCGUGGCUGAAAUCAAAAAAGCCAUUCUAGAAUUUCUGAACCCCGAAAUUGAAGACAUUCAAAUCCAGAA